AUGAGUAACAUGGCCACGGAGAUCGUUGCCUUCAUCCUGAACAUAUCUGGAUGGAUCCUGGUCUGCUCCACGUUGCCUACUGACUACUGGAAGGUGUCCUCCGUGGAUGGGACGGUCAUCACCACGGCGACCUUCUGGUCCAACCUGUGGAAGACCUGCGUCACGGAUUCUACAGGAGUGUCCAACUGUAAAGAUUUCCCCUCCAUGCUGGCUCUAGAUGUGUAUAUCCAGGUGUGUCGGGGCCUGAUGAUUGCGUCUGUGUGCCUGGGGUUCUUUGGAGCCACCCUGGCCCUGAUGGGAAUGAAGUGUACCAGGAUCGGAGGCUCAGAGAGCACCAAGGCCAGACUAACAGGCCUCUCAGGCCUUCACUUCAUACUCAAUGGGCUUUGCUCCUUGACUGCAUGCUCCCUGUACGCACACAGGAUCACAUCAGAGUUCUUUGACCCACUCUUUUUUGCUCAAAAGUUUGAGCUGGGUGCAGCGCUCUUCAUCGGCUGGGCUGGCUCGGUGCUCUGCAUUUCAGGAGGACUCAUAUUCUGCCUCUCCUUGUCAGAGAGCUUCAGUCGAGCAGAGUGCUCCUACAGUGGUGGUACGUCUAUGGUAACCAAGCGUCACAAACCCUGCAAGUCUGCCAACAGUUUCUACAAAUCGCCAGUUUCCUCAGACCCCCGAGACCCAGCAGAACACUCAGGGCAGUUUGGAAAGAACGCCUAUGUGUGA